AAAAGAAGGUCUUUUAAAAAUAAAAGGACGAGAAACCUGAACAAUAUACUCUUUCUUCAAAUCUUGCAAACCUGAAACCCUAACACUCCUCCUGCUCCAAUGAUUUGUUCUCGUUUCCAACGAAUUCUCACAACUAAACACUGAUUUAGUCAAUUCAGUUGGAUGUUAUGGCGGAUGUAGGGCAAGAGACGGUAGAUUUCGCGGCGCUGGUUGGACGCGCCGCCGCGGAAUCCUACAUUUCGCUGAAAGAAUUGGUGGAGAAAUCCAAGUCCUCGGAGCUGUUAUCGGACUCCGAGAAGAAAAUUAUGAUCUUGAAGUACAUUGUUAAGACCCAGCAGCGGAUGCUCCGUCUCAAUGUUCUGGCCAAGUGGUGCCAACAGGUUCCUUUGAUACAAUACUGUCAACAACUUGCAUCUACUCUAUCAAGUCAUGACACUUGCUUCACUCAAGCUGCGGAUUCAAUGUUUUUUAUGCAUGAGGGGCUACAACAAGCUCGUGCUCCUAUCUAUGAUGUUCCCUCUGCCAUUGAGGUUCUUCUUACUGGAACUUAUCAGCGUUUGCCAAAAUGUGUGGAAGAUGUGGGCAUGCAAAGCACGUUGAAUAACGAUCAGCAAGGUCCAGCUCUGAAGAAACUUGAUACACUUGUCAGGUCAAAGUUACUUGAAGUUUCACUUCCAAAAGAAAUUACUGAAAUUAAAGUUUCCGAUGGUGUUGUCUUGCUUCGUGUUGAUGGGGAAUUCAAAGUUCUUGUCACACUUGGUUAUCGAGGGCAUUUGUCAAUGUGGAGGAUACUACAUUUGGAAUUGCUUGUUGGUGAGAGAAGUGGGCUAGUGAAGGUGGAAGAAUCACGACGACAUGCUCUUGGGGGUGAUUUGGAACGGAGAAUGGCUGCAUCAGAAAACCCAUUCAUAACAUUGUAUUCUAUUCUUCAUGAGCUCUGUGUUGCUCUUAUUAUGGACACUGUUAUAAGACAAGUGCAAGCCCUCCGACAGGGCAGGUGGAAGGAUGCAAUUCGUUUUGAACUCAUAUCUGAUGGUAGUAUUGGGCAGGGAGGGAGUGCUGCCUCUAUCCAUGGGACCCAAGAUGGAGAAACUGAUUCUACUGGCUUACGAACUCCUGGAUUGAAAGUCAUAUACUGGUUGGAUCUUGAUAAAAGCACCGGCAUAUCUGAUGCAGGGUCGUCCCCGUUCUUGAAAAUUGAACCUGGUGCGGAUUUGCAAAUAAAGUGUUUGCAUAGCACAUUCGUGAUUGACCCUCUAACAGGGAAGGAGGCAGAUUUUACCCUUAACCGAAGUUGCAUCGAUGUCGAGAUGCUACUGCUUAGAGCCAUUGGCAGUAAUAGAUAUACUCGCCUGCUUGAAAUUUACAAGGAAUUGGAGAAAAAUGGACAGAUCAAUAGAACUCCUGGUGAUGUCCAACUUCAAUUUCAUUUGGAUGAUCAGGAAACUGACUAUGCAAAGAGGGACAGUGCAGUUGAUUUGCAAAAGGAUGAUGGCCAGGAAGUCCUGCGUGUGCGUGCCUAUGGUUCUUCAUUUUUCACUCUUGGAGUGAACAUAAGAAAUGGUCGUUUUCUUCUUCGCUCUUCGAAGAAUAUUAUAUCAUCGAAGGCUUUGCUAGAGUGUGAAGAAGCACUGAACCAGGGAAGUGUUACUGCAGCCAAGGCUUUUAUCAACUUGAGGAGCAAUAGCAUUUUACAUUUAUUUGCAUGCAUUGGAAGGUUCUUGGGCCUUGAGGUAUUUGAACAUGGUUUUACUGCAGCGAAAUUGCCUAAGCACAUUUCAGAUGAUUCAAAUUCAUUGUUCAUGGGUUUCCCAGAAUGUGGGAGCUCUUAUUUCUUGUUGUUGCAGCUUGAUAAGGAAUUCAAACCUUGUCCCAAGUUAAUAGAAGUUCAAUUAGAUUCAUCAGGGAAAGCUGAACCAUUUGGUGAAACGAGCAAAGUUAUUCGAGUAAAGAACUUGGAUAUCCACCGGAUGCACAUGUGUGAAGAUGAACUCAAUCUGAGCCUUCUUGACCGUAGGAAGAUGCAAUUGGUUUCCAAUUAUGUUAAUGAGAUUUCUGAGCAUGGUCUUCCCCCUGACUCCAGCUUGGAAGGUUCCGUGCUUCGAUCCAAUCAUCCAAUAAGUUUCAACUCUAUCGUUGAUGAGGUUUUUGAGCUUGAGAAAGGGUCAAAUGGACAGAAUGCCUCUUCUACAUUUGGUCUGUCCUCUUCAUCGCAUUUUGGUGUGGGUACAAUGAAUCUCCAUGGUGCAAACCCUUCAAUAUCAUCCCCUAAUUGGGAAGGAGCACAAACAUCUCAAAAUCCCCUGAGCAGUUUUAAGGGCACGGUGCAGUCUGGUUCCACCAAAUCUCUAAACACGGGUUUGGUGAGAAACCAAGCUGCUAAGAAAUUGACAGCUUCAAAGUCUGACCAGGAUUUAGCUGCUCUUCGGUCACCACAUUCUGGUGGCUUUGGUCCUUGUGGUAUAAUGGAUGAGGGCCAGCUAUCUGUUCCUGGUCUACCCUCAGCUCGACUUUUGUCUCCACCGCAGCACACUGGCGCUCCAGUGAGUGUGAAAUCUAAUGAACCUAAAAGCUUGCCUGCUGGGACUGUCUCGGGCAACCUUGCUGUAUCUGGAUCUAACUCAUGGAAUGCUUCUCCCGUAUCUUCAACACUGGAUUCUGCUAUCCUCGAGAACUCAAAUCCAGAAAACAUUCUUCAACAUGAUAGAACACCACAGAAACGCACUGUGUCAGAUAUGUUAAACGCACUGCCUUCACUCAAUUGUCCAGAAGUCAAUGAAGGAUCUAAUAAGAGAAGGAAAAUCAAGGGAGUCCCACAUGCUCAGGUUCCUCCUACACGGUCAGUCAUUUCAUGUGACCAUCCUAUUAAAACUGAAGGACACAGUUUUGCCAAUCUUAUAGCUGAAGCAAAUAAGGGCAAUGCACCUCCUAGUAUUUACAUAUCUGCUCUUCUUCACAUAGUUAGACAUUGCUCACUUUGUAUAAAACAUGCCCGGUUGACUAGUCAGAUGGAGGCACUUGACAUCCCCUACGUUGAAGAAGUUGGCCUGAGAAGUGCAUCCUCAAACCUGUGGUUCCGCCUUCCCUUUUCCAGAGGUGAUACAUGGCAGUACAUAUGCUUGAGGCUGGGAAGACCUGGAAGCUUGUAUUGGGAUGUCAAAAUUAUUGACCCACAUUAUAAGGACCUGUGGGAGCUUCAAAAAGGAAGCAAUACUACUCCGUGGGGUUCUGGUGUUCGUAUAGCCAAUACAUCUGAUGUGGAUUCUCAUAUUCAUUAUGAUUCAGAAGGUGUAGUAUUGAGUUACAGUUCUGUGGAGGCUGAUAGUAUUAAGAAGUUGGUGGCUGAUAUACAGAGACUUUCAAAUGCUAGAACUUUUGCCCUUGGAAUGCGGAAAUUACUUGGUCCAAGGACUGAUGAGAAACUGGAUGAGAGCAAUGCAAACUUAGAAAGCAAAGCUGCUUCUGGAUUGAAAACUGUGAUGGAGGGUGCUGAAAAGUUUUCUGAACAGAUGAGAAGAGCGUUUAGAAUUGAAGCUGUUGGACUUAUGAGCUUGUGGUUUAGUUUUGGUUCAGGGGUCCUUGCCCGUUUUGUUGUUGAGUGGGAGUCGGGUAAAGAGGGCUGCAGAAUACAUGUUUCUCCUGACCAACUUUGGCCCCACACUAAGUUUCUAGAGGAUUUCAUUAAUGGAGGUGAAGUUGCAUCCCUUUUGGAUUGCAUUCGGCUGACUGCUGGACCGUUGCAUGCUCUUGCUGCUGCUACAAGGCCAGCUAGAGCUGCCCCUGUUUCUGGGGUUCCUGGCAUUACAGCUUCUAUUUCUUCUACUUUAAAGCAAACUGGAUAUGUGCCAUCUCAGGGUCUCUCUAGCAAUUCGAACACAAAUACAACUCAAGCUUCAUCUGGACCUGGAGGUAAUCCUGGUGUACCUGCAGCAUCAGGCCCUAUUGGAACUCAUAACAGCCCUACGGCAGCUGUGUUAGCAGCAGCAGCUGCUGCUGCUGCUGGGAGAGGUGGUUCUGGCAUUGUUCCCAGUUCCCUGUUGCCCAUUGAUGUUUCUGUGGUGCUAAGAGGCCCAUAUUGGAUUAGGAUAAUUUAUCGCAAAAAUUUUGCAGUUGAUAUGCGGUGUUUUGCUGGAGAUCAAGUCUGGUUGCAACCAGCUACACCUCCAAAAGUUGGUCCACCUACAGGAGGAUCACUUCCAUGUCCACAGUUUCGGCCUUUUAUUAUGGAGCAUGUUGCACAGGAACUAAAUGGCAUAGAUUCUAAUUUUCCAGGUGCACAGGCACUUGGAAUGUCUAAUUCAAAUAAUCCCAAUCCAAGUUCAGCUCCUCAGCUACCAACUACUCCUGGAAACAGAGCCAACCUUGCAAAUACUGGUGCAACGUCUCGAACAGGAACUGCAAUAGCUGCUCUAAAUCGCAUAGGAAAUGCUCUUCCAGGACAGUCCAAUUUACCCAUGGUUAAUCCAUUACGAAGAACACCUGGAUCUGGUGUUCCUGCUCAUGUUAGAGGAGAGCUAAAUACUGCCAUAAUUGGACUAGGAGAUGAUGGAGGCUAUGGUGGAGGAUGGGUUCCUCUUGUGGCACUUAAAAAGGUUCUUAGGGGUAUUCUCAAGUAUCUUGGAGUUCUCUGGCUAUUUGCACAAUUACCGGACCUUUUAAAAGAGAUCCUUGGGUCAAUUUUGAAGGAUAAUGAGGGUGCAUUAUUGAAUUUGGAUCAAGAGCAGCCAGCCUUACGCUUCUUUGUUGGAGGCUAUGUCUUUGCUGUUAGUGUUCACAGAGUUCAACUUCUUCUCCAAGUCCUCAGUGUAAAAAGAUUUCAUCAUUCCCAACAACAGCCACAGAACCCAGCUGCCGCUCAAGAGGAAUUAACUCAAUCUGAAAUAGGAGAGAUAUGUGACUACUUUAGUCGCCGUGUUGCGUCAGAGCCCUAUGAUGCUUCUCGUGUUGCUUCAUUCAUUACCCUUUUGACUUUACCCAUUUCUGUUUUGAGAGAAUUUUUGAAACUUAUUGCAUGGAAGAAAGGAUUAGCUCAAGGGCAAGGAGUUGAUGCAGCUCCUGCUCAGAAAUCCCGUAUUGAGUUGUGUCUUGAGAAUCACAUGGGAUUUAACAGAGAUGGCAUCUCAGAUAAUUCAUCUUUAUCCAAAAGCAAUAUUCACUAUGAUCGGGCCCAUAACUCAGUUGACUUUGCAUUGACAGUCGUUCUUGAUCCCGCGCAUAUACCUCAUAUAAAUGCUGCUGGCGGUGCUGCUUGGUUGCCCUAUUGUGUAUCUGUUAGAUUAAGAUACUCAUUCGGUGAAAAUCUUAGCGUAUCUUUUAUAGGGAUGGAGGGUAGCCACGGAGGCCGUGCAUGCUGGCUGCGUGUUGAUGACUGGGAAAAAUGUAAACAGAGAGUGGCUCGAACUGUGGAGGUGAAUGGAGCUUCUGGUGGGGAUUCUAGUCAGGGAAGGUUGAGAGUGGUUGCUGAUAGUGUACAGAGGGCACUCCACACAUGCCUACAAGGACUAAGAGAUAUAUGACUAGUAUAAUAGUAUCCCACUCUUUUUUUACUGUUAAUGGAGAAUCAAAGCACCAGGGUACUCAAAUCAGGCAACAGCCCAUAUUUGGGAAGGACAUAGAAGAUGUGGCUUUAUUUGAAAGAGACAACAUACUCAAAUAAGACAGCCCAUGUUUGGGAAGGAAAUGGAAGAGGUGACUUUAUUUCAAACUUUAUUUUGACUGAUGCUGAUAGGGGAUAUCGUUAGAUAGCAUAUGUAACGUGUUUGGUGUAUUUCAAGCUUGGCUAACGAGAGACGUAUAUUAUUCAGGUUAUGCUUCUCUUUUGUACAGUAGGUUAUAGUUGGUUCUCUGAAAUUUGAUGGACCGAAAUUGUACAACUCAAACUGCCACCAGUGAAAAGAAACUAGUCUUUCAAAUUACUAGAUUAUAAACCAGCAACACUUGGUGAGAAAUUUGUAAUUAUGUUGAGAGAACUUGAAUCCCUAUUUUCUAGAUAGGUAUGGAAACAUGAGUUGAAGAACAUAACGCAGAAUUCUUAGAGUUGUGUAAUUGUAUGUAUAUAUGGAUACCAUUGCAAAAUUUUCCCCUUUAGAGCUAUUAAUCAGUUAACUAUCUGGGUGGAUAUGUAGAGAGACCAAAAUGGAAUUCCAUCCUUCAAUUUAUGAACACAUUUCAUUUUUUUAUGGGAUGAC